GCUAACGCUUACGGAUAUCAAAGAGGAAUUAAAAGAUCCAUGAACAAAUCGUUACGUUUGAGAGAGUUCAGGAGAGUGGAGACAGAUAAUAUGGUUCAAAGAACUGUUGCUAGAAGUGACAGCGUCUUAACCUGGCCUGCUAGCUUCGUAGCGGUUAGCAAGAUGGCUCAGGAUUUAAAGUAACGAUCGUUUGAGAUGGUGUACACAAACAUUGCAUGACAAAGCAGAGCUGAUAGAAAAGCAAGGCUCUGGACUGGUGCGUUUUACAGCAAGACCUCAGAGAAAUGAAGCGUGAAACCAAACACGUUUAUGAUCACCAUUCUGUCAACCUUCUUUUUUUUUUUUUACACUGCAGGGAAAUUUAACACACUCCUUUUCUUUCCUCAUCGAUGAUUUAAAGCUCUAUCUCGCCAAAUCACCAUGGCAACUAGCCAUUUGUACUAUAUGUAUGUAUGUAUGAAUUACUACACAGUGUGAUGGCCGUUACCGUUAACGCGUGGAUGCGUGCUGCGCUGAUUCCCCUCCGAGCCUGAAGGUGUCGCUACAGCGCUGACCUUUCAUUCGUUCCUCAUGACACCGAAGAAGAAAUAAACUUUGCAGCGCGCUCACCGUGCUGCUAAUAUUUAACACAUUAAAUAAGACUUUCUGCGGAGUCAAUUCAGCUCUUUAAAAAACAUCAUGGACGUCGGUGAGCUGCUGAACUAUCAGCCCGAGCGAGGAGGCAAGCGGCCGAGGGAGGAAAGCGGCUCAGAGGAGUCUCGGGCGAAGAAGACGUCGACGAGCAGGGAGCCUCCCAGACCCGCGGUGGCGAUUCCAGAACCCGAGCCGGAAGAUCCGGAGAACAGAGAGAGGAUCUUGGAGAAGCUCAUGGACCAGGAUGAGGUGGACCCUGAGGGUGAGCCGGUGGACGAGAGCAUGGUGAAGAAAAUGAUCCUGACCUUCGAGAAGAGGUCGUACAAGAACCAGGAGCUCAGGAUUAAAUUCCCAGACAAUCCAGAGAAGUUCAUGGAGUCUGAACUGGACCUGAAUGACAUCAUCCAGGAGAUGCACGUGAUCACCACCAUCCCUGAGCUGUAUCACCUGCUGGUGGAGCUCAACGCCGUGCAUUCUCUGCUCGGCCUGCUGAGUCACGAAAACACUGAUAUCUCCAUCGCGGUGGUGGACCUGCUGCAGGAGCUCACAGACGUCGAUACGCUCAACGAGAGUGAGGAAGGAGCCGAGGUCCUCAUCGACGCCCUGCUGGAGGGCCAGGUGGUGGCGCUGAUGGUGCAGAACAUGGAGCGGCUGGACGAGACGGUGAAAGAAGAAGCGGACGGAGUUCACAACACGCUAGCCGUGGUGGAGAACAUGGCUGAGUUCAGACCGGGUCUGUGCACCGAAGCCGCUCAGCAGGGACUCAUGCAGUGGCUCCUCAAGAGGAUUAAGGCGAAGAUGCCAUUUGACGCUAACAAACUGUACUGCAGCGAGAUCCUGGCCAUCCUCCUCCAGAACAACGACGGCACCAGAGAGCUUUUGGGCGAGAUAGAUGGCAUCGAUGUGCUCCUGCAGCAGCUCUCAGUGUUCAAGAGGCACAACCCGUCCACGCCGGAGGAGCAGGAGAUGAUGGAGAACCUCUUCGAUGCUCUCUGCUCCUGCCUCAUGUUGCCGGCCAACCGCGACCGCUUCCUCAAGGGGGAGGGGCUUCAGCUGAUGAACCUCAUGCUCAGGGAGAAGAAAUUGUCUCGCACUAGCGCCCUCAAGGUCCUGGACCACGGCAUGAUCGGCCCCGAGGGCACUGAUAACUGCCACAAGUUUGUUGACAUCCUCGGCCUUCGCACGAUUUUCCCGCUGUUCAUGAAGACGCCGAAGAAGAUGAGGAAGGCCGGCGUGUCGGACAAGGAGCAUGAAGAACAUGUGUGCUCCAUCAUGGCGUCCAUGUUGAGGAACCUUAAGGGGCAGCAGAGGAGCCGCCUGCUCAGCAAGUUCACCGAGAAUGACUGUGAGAAGGUGGACAGACUGAUGGAGCUGCAUUUUAAAUACCUGGAGGCCGUUCAGCUCGCAGACAGGAGAAUUGAUGGAGAGAAGCAUGACAUGGUGCGGCGGGGCGAGAUCCUGGAUGACGCCAUGGAGGACGAGUUUUACCUGCGCCGUUUGGAUGCCGGCCUUUUUGUCCUGCAGCUGAUCUGUUACAUCAUGGUGGAGAUCAGUAGUGCAGGAAUUCCACAGCUGCAGCAGAGAGUACAUCAAAUCCUGAACCUGAGGGGCGGAUCGGUUAAGACGGUGCGCCACAUCAUGAGAGAAUACGCGGAGAGCAUCGGCGACGGCAAGAAUGAGGAGUACCGGCUGAGCGAGCAGAAACGGAUCAUGGAGCUUCUGGAGGAUUUCUGAGUCUCCGCUCGGAUCACCGAUGCCUGCCCUCUGAUUUCUCUGUAAAUAGUGCGUUUUGAUCAAUUUAUGACGUCAUGACUAAUGGCUCACAUUCAACGUGAAGCUCAACGCUGAACCGUGUUUCUGUUCUUCUUGGGUAUGAAGCACAUUUUGUAUAUGAGUCAUUUUUAAAAAAAAUACUGAACUGUGAGAACAAGACCCAAGUGGAAAGAUGUAAUUAAUUUCUCUCCGUCACGUGUAAAUGUAUCUGAGUGUUAAUCGGUAAGACUGGUGUUGGUGUGAUGCUGUAUGCUGUUCAUGUAAACAACAUCCAAGACACUCCGAUCCAUGAUCCUGGAAUAUUUACGCAGAUAACAAAACUAUUUUUUUUUUUUUUUUUUUUAAACGGUCUUCAUAUAUACGUAACGUGUGAUGAAAUGUACUGAUGUGAAUAAAAACAUCGAACGGAGA